AUGUGGGAUCUCGAACGCAUCGAUGCCGGCUUGGCUGGAUUGUCUCUUUCGUUUGCCAUGAAUUUUACAGAGCAAAUAAUGUGGUCUGUGAGAAAAUAUACUUCAUUGGAAAUGAAUUUGAAUGCCGUGGAACGAGUUAGCGAAUUUUCGGAAAUUCCACAGGAAGCCCCCGCCAUAAUAGAACCCAGACCUCCGGCAAAUUGGCCACAUGACGGUGCCAUAUCUGUACAAAAUCUUGAAGUGAAAUACGCGUCUGAUUUUGAUCCCGUCUUGCAUCAAAUCUCAUUUUCUGUGAAAGGCAGAGAAAAAGUGGGACUGGUCGGAAGGUUAGAAGCACUCGAUUUAUUUUCUUUGAAAAUUUGCACUCAUUUUAUUGACCAAAAUCUAUUUUGCGAUAGGACUGGAUCAGGAAAAUCAACCAUAGUACUUUCUCUAUUUCGUUUUAUCGAACCCUCGAGCGGGCGGAUCUUUAUUGAUGGAAUUGAUAUUUCAUCGAUUGGUGUCGAAGACCUCCGAUCAAGAAUUACAAUUAUUCCACAAGACCCAAUACUGUUCAGCGGUACGAUAAGAUCGAAUCUUGACGCGUUUUCACAAUAUGAAGAUCACGAGUUGUUGGAAUCACUACGUCGCGUUCACCUGCUACCUUCUGCGUCUGAGGCUGCCACAGGAUCCAGCAUGACAGUGGAGGAUAAUGCAAACGUGUUCACAGACUUGGAUACGCCAGUAAGCGAAGGUGGCAAGAAUUUCAGCCAAGGUCAAAGGCAAUUACUUUGUUUAGCCAGAGCUUUGUUAAGAAGGUCCAAGAUUAUAGUUAUGGAUGAGGCAACGGCCAG